UUAAUAAUGAGUUUCACUGGUAAAGUUGUCUUAAUUACAGGAGCUAGUUCCGGCAUUGGGGCAGCUACAGCCAUAGGCUUCGCUCGAGAUGGAGCAAACGUUGUGAUAGUUGGAAGAAAUGAAAGUAAACUCAAUAACGUAUCAGAUUCUUGCGCGAAACUAGGAAACAAACCAUUAAUGAUUAUCGCUGACAUCAGCAAAGAUGAAGACGCAAAACUUAUUAUUGAUAAAACUAUUGAGAAAUUCGGGAAACUGGACAUAUUAGUGAACAAUGCUGGGUUAACAAAAUUUGGUACUCUUUUGGAUGGAAAUAUUUUAGCAGCCUAUGAUGGUAUCAUGAGUGUAAAUGUGCGGGCUCACAUAAAUAUGACAUCUUUGGCAGCUCAACACUUAAAGGUAACGAAAGGAAAUAUAAUAAACGUAUCAAGUGUUGCAGGAAAAUGCCUAUCUCCAGUAGCAUCAAUGUCAAUGUAUUAUGUGUCUAAAGCUGCAAUGGAUCAUUUUACGCGUUGUGCUGCAUUGGAAUUAUCAACCGUUGGAGUUCGUGUCAAUAGCGUGAGCCCAGGAAUUGUGCAAACAGAUUUAUUAGAGAACGCCGGAGUGUAUCACUUAAAAUUUGAGGAGACGGCGAACUCUUUUCCACUUCAAAGAAUAUCACAGCCAAGUGAAGUAUCGGACAUAAUUAUGUAUUUAGCAAGCGAUAAGGCAAUCGGUAUAACUGGCUCUGAUUUUGUUGUUGAUAAUGGUCAUCUGAUUAAGGGGCAGUAAUUUUGUUAAUAUGAUUAUAAUGCAGUAGAUUAGUAGAUUAUUAGAGUAGUUUAUUUAUUUUUUAUUAAUUAUUCACAUUAUUAAAGUUUCUAACGAUUGUGAACUA